AUGGCGGCCACCAGUGUAAAUAUUUACUCACCACUUUCAAGGCUUAGAAACGAUAAUCAGUCGUUGCUUGAACAACUGAGACAUGGACAGGAUGACAUUUGGAACGUCCUGAAAAACAUGCGGUCCACAAGGGCGUCUUAUCCAACCAGAACACACGGAGAAACGAGUUUUAUCUAUCGAGGAACAGACAGAACGCCAUCGAAGGUGUCUCGCAAAGUCCACGAGAGCAUGAGAGAUGCGGGUCAAACAAGCACGCCGAAAAGUUAUGGGCAUGCUUUGGUUGCUGAUGGUAAUGACAGAAGAAGCAGGACACCGUCUAGACCAGCCUCUAUUCUAACUACACCAGGUAACCGCAAAAAGACACCCAAAAAAUCUCUGCAUGUAAGCUUUGAACUUUCUCCUCGUCAUGAGCGUAGUGUGAUUGGUGAUGACAAUGCAAGAAGGUCUCUCCUUGGGUAUGACUGGAUUGCAGGUCUGUUAGACAACACUUCUUACCUGUCAGAGAGACCAGAUGACUUUUUGGAUGAGCUGAAAGAGUUCAGACGAGUUAACAAGGAGGAUUGCUUGGGAACUACUCUCUCUGAGAGGCCAUAUACUCCAUUAAAGUUUACUCCAACCAGAAACACUGAAGGCAACAAAGAGGAUGCAGUAACAUGUGAAAAUGCAUACACUUUAAACGAGAGGCUCUUUCCUGUACCAAUCCAUGGCCCAGAAGCAUCUUGCUCAGUUUGUCAUACAAAACCAGAGUCAGAGUAUGAAACAGAGGGCAGUUAAGUUCGAGUAAGUGUACCAAGGUCAUCUCUUGUCUCACCCCACAAGUUUAAGCCUCAUAGAAGAGCAAGCUUUGAUCCAACUGAUUCAGUGGGCUUGUCAUCACACUGUCUAGCUGGAUGGGAGAGUUCUAAACCCACAGUCAUUCCAAUGCCCUCAUCUUUAGAUCUAAGAACAUCACUUCACAAAUCUCGCACCACACUGGAUGCAUCACAAGCUGGCAACUUAACUAGCCCUACUACUCAGUCAACAGAGGAAUUAUUAAACAGAAGUCAUAUGCUUAGAUAUGGACUUCAGGUGUUAGACAGAGAAAGAAGAGAAACACCUCAACCACCUCAUACCACACCAUACCCUUUUCUCUGAUGAGCUGCUUUUAAUUAGCUGUGUAGAAUUCCCUGAUGAUGAUUUUAUCUGUUACAUCACAGGCGGCCCAAGCUCUCUUUGAGAACCACACAAGGAACACAAU